AAUUGAUGGAACAUCAGGACCGUAAUUAUAGGCCACGAGCAACCCAAAUUACACAUAACAAAAGGCAAAUUUCUCCUUGUUUUUCCAAUUCUUCCCAGAUCACUCCCAUAUUUUCCUUUUCUAAUUUCCUACAGCGCCAAUUCGAAAAAUUUCCUAAGUCCCAAAAAUCAUUUUAUUCACCAUCUAUAAAGGGGGUUGUUUUCUGUACCUUAUUCUGGUAGCUUUCUCCCCAGUUCCCAGGUGACGGAUUAACUAAUCACUUUUGAUAUAAUGCAUUGUUUGAUUGCAAUUUAAGCAUUGUUUAACCCGUCAUUAUUUGUUCAUAGUAUGGUCUGCCCGUUCGUUGAUUCACACGGGUUUCUUUUGAUAGCAACCAAUUUUGAUAGUUUUGGUUGAUUAAUUGAUUGUUGCUCACAUGUCACAUAUUUCGUUUUUCACAUUCUUCUAACUGCUGGGUUAUUAAUGCAAUUGAAAAUUUUGUUACGGUUCACGGUGUUUCGCGUUUCUAGCUUUGUUGUAUGCAAGGAUUAUUGGGGUUUUCCCCUUUAAAAUGGACAGCAUUUGCUUCAGUUAGAAAUGGGUAUGUUUGAUUUUAGGUGUAAAUGAAAGUUGCUGGUGGGUUGUUUAUACUACUGGUGAUUUGUUUCCAUUUGCGAUCAUUUUGGGUUCGAGCUUUGUUUAUGCAAGAAUUGCUGGUUUAUUUGCACAAAUUGGGCAGCAUUUGGUUCAUUGAGAAAUGGGUAUAUCUGAUUUUUAACUGUAAAUGAAGAAUUGCUGUAUUCUGCUUGUUUGUGUGUGAAAGAAGCAUGAAGAGGCAGAAAGUGGACCCUUCUGGUCCUAGGAGAUUUAGGUUGUCAUACUUUCUGUUGGUUUUAGCUAUACUAUACUUGGGUUUUAUUGCAUUCAAAUUCCCUCAACUUUUAGAGAUUGCUUCUGGGUUGAAUGGAGAUGAUAGCUAUGUUGUUGGUAAAGUAGGUUUAGACAAUCAAGACGUGAUAAAAGGGUCAGUUAUUUCGAUUCAUAAAGAUACUUUCCAUAGGAAAUUGGAAAAUAAUCAUAAUCAAGAUGCACAGUUAAUGUUUGAUGGGAAACUAUUGGAAGGUGAUAAGCUUGGGUCUCAAGACUCUCAACCAAUUAGGCCUCUUAUACAUCAGUAUGGCCGAAUCAUGAAUGAUUCUAUGUGGGAGCGGAAUAGGACCAGUGAGUUGUCAGAAUUGGAGAAAAUGGCAGAUGAAGCUUGGACUUUGGGCUUGAAGGCAUGGGAAGAAUUGGAAAAUUAUGACAUUGCUGAUAUUAGUGAGAAAUCUGCUCUUGAAGGAAAGCCGGAAUCAUGUCCUUCAUGGAUAGCUCUAAGUUGGGAGGAUUUGGUGAGUCGAGACAAUAUUACAUUUCUUCCUUGCGGGCUUGCUGCAGGCUCUUCAAUUACAGUAGUUGGCACACCGCAUUCUGCUCAUCGAGAGUUUGUACCUCAGCUGGCAAGAUUCAGGAACGGUAAUCCCCUUGUCAUGGUUUCACAGUUCAGUGUAGAAUUGCAGGGGUUGAAAUCGGUGGAAGGGGAAGCUCCACCAAAAAUUUUGCAUCUUAAUCCUAGAGUGCGAGGGGAUUGGAGUCGCCGGGCAGUCAUUGAGCAUAACACCUGCUACAGGAUGCAAUGGGGGAAAUCUCACAGAUGUGAUGGUUCACCAUCAGCAAAGGAUGAGAAUUUGCUACUUGAUGGAUACAAGAGAUGUGAAAAGUGGAUGUCGAGUGAUGUUGUUGACCCCAAGGAGUCCAAAACGACCUCAUGGUUCAAACGAUUUAUAGGUCGCAAGCAUAAACCAGAACUGCUUUGGCCAUUUCCGUUUGCCGAGGGUAAAAUGUUUAUCCUCACUAUCCGUGCUGGCAUUGAAGGAUAUCAUAUCAAUGUCGGGGGUCGACAUAUUUCUUCAUUUCCAUAUCGAACGGGGUUUACUCUUGAAGAUGCGACUGGGUUAGCAGUGCAAGGUGAUGUAGAUGUUCAUUCCAUUUAUGUGACAUCACUACCUUCUACCCAUCCCAGUUUCGCUCCCCAACGAGUAUUGGAGAUGUCAGCAAAAUGGAAAGCUUCCUCGUUGCCGACGAAACCUAUUCGACUUUUCAUUGGUGUACUCUCAGCAACCAAUCAUUUUGCGGAACGCAUGGCAGUGAGAAAAACGUGGAUGCAAUCUCCAGAGAUCAAGUCUUCAAAUGUAGCUGUCCGCUUCUUUGUUGCACUGAAUCAACGAAAGAAAGUCAAUGCAGUUUUGAAGAAAGAAGCUGCUUACUUUGGUGAUAUUGUGAUUUUGCCUUUCCUUGAUCGUUAUGAACUUGUGGUUCUCAAAACAAUUGCUAUAUGUGAGUAUGGGGUUCAGAAUGUUACCGCCGCAUACAUAAUGAAGUGUGAUGAUGACACAUUUGUGAGAUUAGAUGUUGUACUAAAACAAAUUGAGGCAAUUUUGCCUGAGAAGUCUCUUUACAUGGGGAAUUUAAAUCUCUUACACCGGCCUCUUAGACAUGGCAAGUGGGCAGUCUCCUUUGAGGAGUGGCCAGAAGCAAUAUAUCCUCCUUAUGCUAAUGGCCCAGCUUAUAUAAUCUCGAAUGAUAUUGCUAGAUUCAUUGGUGAUCAGCAUACAAGCCAAGGCUUAAGGUUGUUCAAGAUGGAAGAUGUGAGCAUGGGUAUGUGGGUUCAGCAUUUCAACAGCUCUCAACAAGUCCAAUACUCCCACAACUGGAAGUUUUGCCAGUAUGGAUGCAUGCAAGGUUAUUACACUGCACAUUAUCAAUCCCCAAGACAGAUGUUGUGCUUGUGGGCUAAUUUAGCAAGGGGCCGUCCUCUCUGCUGCAACUUCAGAUGAAAUUGGUAAGAUUCACGAUGCGACUAAUUUAUGCAAAUCCUAUCCACCGAGUAUUUUUCUUAAAAAAAAUGCCAAAUUUUGGUCUGCUGGUAAUGGUAUCCGGGCAUGAAGAAUUGAAGAUGACUACUGAAUAUGAGCAUGAUAUUCUGAUAUGAGCCGGAAAAUUAAUUGAAAAUCAGUGAUCACUGCAUCUUUGAUUCUGAUACGUCCGUCAUUCAUGGUAUCUUCUCUUAUGAGUUGUAGUUGUAUUGUGUUCCGUACAAGCAAGGAAAAUUUAUUAGAAGUUACUGAUGGCCUCAUCUGUUAUUAUGACAUUGUACUAAAGGCUUAUUGUUUUGUAACAGUUGGAAUGGUAUAUUAUGUAUAUACUUGAUAGUCAGUAAGAUAUACAACUUUAACCAAUUAUUUGAAAGAUGACUUAGCUGUCUGUGUAGAGGGUAAAUAGGCAUGGCAGGAGCAAGAAUUGGAAAGAUGACGUGUUAGUAGUUUUAAAGGGAGUUCACCAUUCAGAAAAUGGAAAGAGUUUCGAGUUGGUAGAAGAACACACACACUUGUUCUGUUCUGUUCUGUUCAGUUCUGAUUUGUUUUGGUUUACGGGAGUCACUUUUCAUUCUGCUUGGGAGGUGGAUCAUAGGUUGUGUGCCAGCGGCCGCUUGCUUCCCAUUGGCGUUCCUACUAGCAGCACCUGGUGGUUCUUCUGCAUCUGGUGUUGCGUUUUGUUCACUUGACAAUUCUUCAAGGGACGUGAAUGCAUUUGAGCCAUUAAAUUGCUUGUAAAAAAUCUUACUAUCUAUAUUCAUGUUGUACUCCAUUUAUGAAGACAAUUCAUAAAAUUAAAGAGCAAUUUCCGUAA